AUGGAGCGACAAGCCAGCAACGCAUCCAGUACUGAGGAGGAUUAUCAGGAGAUAUACGGAGCAGCAAUCCAUGAUCGACUUCGAGAUGGGAUUCGAGUGCUUGCUGAACGCAAGAAACCCACCCGCCACCACCACAGGCUGUUACAUAUCGAGAAUCAAGACCCUGAACUGACAAGAAUCGCAACGACAAUCUCUAAGGACAUUGGAAUCACACCGGAAACCCUUGCCGAUGUUGACCCUCGGCUGGAUCCUGGAAAUGAGGAAUUCGACUUUCGAUUCUGGGCCUCGACCAUCAUCCAGUUGGUCACAGAAGACGGCAUCAAGCGGGCCAAUAUUGGCGUUUGCUUCAAAUCCCUCACGGUCUCCGGGACAGGUUCGAGUCUCGCUCUACAACCAACCGUGGCGAGCCCAUGGCUUGCUCUUAUGCGAUUGCCAAUGCUCGUAGCUAGACGCAAACAAGAACCCAAGGUGAUACUCCAUGCUUUCAAUGGUUGCGUGAGAAGUGGCGAAAUGCUGCUCGUGUUGGGCAGACCUGGCAGUGGAUGUACAACCUUUCUGAAAUCGAUAUCUGGUCAGCUUGGUGGAUUAACAAGAACAUCCGAUUCCAUCGUCAACUAUGAUGGCAUAUCACAAGAUCUUUUUAUCAAGAACUUCAGAGGGAAGGCGGUCUACAACCAAGAGAAUGACGAACACUUCCCGCACUUGACGGUCGGGCAAACAUUGAGUUUUGCCGCACAUGCACAAGCCCCUCAAGCUCGGAUUAGGGGCGUUGAUCGAGAAAUGCAAGCCACCCACGUGGCGGAAGUCAUGCUACGGAUUUUCAGACUCUCUGCUGUUCGAGAUACGAAGGUCGGCAGCGACACCGUACGUGGUGUCAGUGGGGGGGAGAGGAAGCGUGUUAGCAUUGCCGAAAUGGCUCUGGCGCGUUCUCUGUUGGCUGUCUGGGACAACGCAACUCGGGGCCUCGAUUCGGCAACCGCAUUGGAGUUUGUACGCUCCCUACGCACAUUGGCUGAUGUUGCUGGAGUCACCCAGGCUGUUGCUCUAUACCAGGCCAGCCAGGUCAUCUACGAUAUCUUCGACAAGGUGCUGAUACUGUACGAAGGACGACAAAUAUUCUUUGGCCCUGUUGAUUCCGCCCGCGCUUACUUCCAAAAAAUGGGAUGGUACUGUCCUCCUCGACAGACAACUCCAGAUUUUCUGACCUCAGUAACCAAUCCUUCGGAACGGCAACUCCGCCCUGACUGUACAGACAGAGUCCCUCAAACGGCCACCGAGUUUGAGCAAUACUGGCUGGAAUCCGAAGAAUACCACGCCUGCAUGGCAGAGAUUGCUCAGUACGAAGAGGAUACCAAAGGCAACGGCCGCCUCCAGGAACUGCAAGCCGCCCAUCAUGCAGCACAAUCACACCACACUCGAGACUCGUCUCCUUUCCUCAUCUCCGUAUGGAUGCAAAUCCGGCUGUGUAUGAAGAGGUCUUCUCAAUUGCUGUGGAACGACAGAGCAUCCACGGUGACGCUCGCGAUUGGACGAGUUAUACUUGCCCUAAUUGUUGGCAGCAUAUAUUUUGGGCCUCCUGAUACCACAGCGAGCCUCCAGUCCAGAGGCUCGGUGAUUUUUCUCGCCACUUUGAUGAAUGCGUUGAUGGCCGUUACUGAGAUCGGAACUCUGUUCGCCAAAAGGAGUAUUGUCCAGAAGCAGGAUACCUUUGCCUUCUACCAUCCGUUCGCAGAUGCGCUUGCUUCGUUUAUUGUCGACAUCCCCGUCAAAUUUGUCAUCUCGACCUUGUUCAACGUGGUUUACUAUUUCUUGGCCGGUCUCCGCCUCGAGGCUUCGAAUUUCUUCAUCUUUCUGCUGCUCAACUUUGUCUGCACUCUAGUCAUGUCGACUAUAUUUCGCAGCAUCGGCGCUGCCUCAAAACAGCUUCCCCAAGCCUACGCUAUUGCCGGUAUUGGGAUUCUUAUGAUGGUUAUCUACACCGGUUUUACACUUCAAACUGCCUAUAUGCACCCUUGGUUUCGAUGGAUCAACUAUAUCAAUCCAAUCGCCUACAUCUUUGAGGCACUGCUUGUCAAUGAAGUCCAUGGCAGAAACUUCCCUUGCGCUCCACAAAGCAUUGUUCCUCCCUACGCCGUUGGAAACUCUACAUUUGCUUGCGCUGUAAUUGGAGCCAGGCCAGGCCAGAGUAUCGUGUCCGGAGAUUCGUGGGUGCAGUCCGGUUACCAAUAUAGCUACUCACACCUUUGGCGAAAUCUUGGGAUUGCAUUGGCCUACAUGGUCUUCUUUCUUGGCUUCUACCUGGUUGCCACAGAAUUUCGGUCAAGCGUGAAAGCGGAACCACAACGGCUCGUAUUUCGAGACUACAGAACAGCACAGAGUCUGAAUGCAACUGAAGGCGACAUCGAAACAAAGGCAGCCCGCAACCAAGAAACCGCCUCCGCGCAGGUUCAUGGUGUAGAGGAUGCUGAGCCCGACUCGGGAGCGAUGUCUCACAGCAUAGACGAGCAAGUGAGCGAGAAAAGACACGGAAAAACCGGCUCCCUUGCAUGGCAGGAUUUAACAUUGGACAUUUCAGUUCAAGGCAAGCAACGACGCUUACUGGACAACGUCAACGGCUGGGUCGCGCCUGGGACACUCACCUGCUUGAUGGGAGUCUCGGGGGCUGGAAAGACGACAUUACUCGACACGCUCGCACAGCGUCAUAACACAGUCGGGAAAGUUUCGGGCAAGGUCACAGUAGAUGGGUUGCCUCUCAAGCCAUCGUUCCAGCGAAAGACGGGAUAUGUCCAGCAGCAGGAUCUCCAUCUGCCUUCCAGUACAGUCCGCGAAGCCCUACGUUUCUCGGCUCUUUUACGCCAACCUGCAUCAGUGCCACUGGCAGAGAAAUUCGAAUAUGUUGAGAAGGUGAUCGAAGUUCUCAAAAUGGAACACUUCAGCGAUGCAGUGGUUGGUCAACCUGGCGAAGGACUGAACAUUGAACAGAGGAAACUUCUGACAAUCGGAGUCGAGCUUGCAGCCAAACCGUCAAUCCUAUUUCUGGAUGAACCUACCUCUGGCCUAGACUCACAGAGCGCGUGGACAAUCGUAUCAUUGUUGAGGAGACUGGCGGAUAACGGCCAAGCCAUCCUUGCUACCAUCCACCAGCCUUCAGCUAUGCUCUUCCAGCAGUUUGAUUCCAUCCUCCUCCUCGCGAGAGGUGGCCGCACAACAUAUUUCGGACCAAUCGGUACAGAUUGCCAGACACUGACCCGCUUCUUUGAGGGACACGGGGCUAGAGCCUGCGGCGCAGCAGAAAACCCUGCUGAGUAUAUCUUGGAUGUUGUCGGCAAUUCUUCCCACGACUGGCCCGAGCUUUGGAAAGCGAGCCCUGAGUUCACCAACGUCAAGUCCGCCGUCUGCAGGGUGCCGCCAGAAUCCUCCCGCCACGGUGAUGAUGCUGACGACCGGCUACAGUUCGCGGUGUCUUUUGUGAGCCAGUUCCAGUGUGUCACCCAACGGCUCUUUCAGAACUACUGGCGCAAUCCAGGCUACAUCUACGCCAAGUUGCAAUUUGGCCUCCUAUCCUCACUUUUCAUAGGGUUCACUUUUUUCCUGCAAAAUGCUUCGGCUACUGGAUUGCAAAAUGUCAUUUUUGCGAUCUAUAUGCUGAAUGCCACAUUCUCAACAGUGGCCAAUCAGAUCAUGUCGAGAUUCCUCCCACAACGGGCUUUAUUCGAAGUCCGGGAAUCUCCCUCAAAGAUGUACAGCUGGCCUGUCUUCCUGAUGGCCAACAUCCUCGUGGAAAUCCCUUAUCAAAUCAUCCUCUCUGUGGUUGUAUGGGCGUGCUGGUACUUUCCAGUUUUCGGGCUUCACCACGACUCCACAACUCGAACUCUGAUGUGGGCAUUUUGUCUGCAAUUCUUACUCUUCGGAUCGACCUGGGCGCAGAUGCUCAUUUUCACCAUGCCAAGCACCGAGACGGCGGCUGCUCUUUCGACCAUCCUGUUCACGCUGACCCUGCAAUUCAACGGCGUGCUGCAGCCGCCCUCAGCGCUUCCAGGAUUCUGGAUCUUCAUGUAUCGCGUGAGUCCUUUCACCUAUCUAAUCGGCGGGUGGGCUGGAACGGGCUUGGCGAAUAGAGCGGUCGUCUGCGCAAAGAAUGAACUAGCAGUUUUCGAUCCUCCAUCCGGACAAACGUGUGGCCAAUAUCUCUCGGCUUACCUGAAAGGUGGCGCUCCAGGAUCCCUACUCAAUCCUGCCGCAACAGCAAGCUGCGAGUACUGUCCGAUCAGAAGCGCCAACCAAUUCCUCGCGGCCUCGUCGAUUGAACCAUCAGACAAAUAUCGGAAUUUGGGCAUUUUAUUCGCUUACAUUGCUUUCAAUAUUGUUGCUGCAAUCUUUCUAUACUACAUCUUCAGAGUCAGGGGUUUCUCGAUCAAAAGCCUGCGGAAGCUGAAGCCAAAGUCGGAUACCCCCGAGGAAGAAAGAGAGCAUGAAGAAAGAGCUCAUCAGAAGAAAGGCUCUCAAUUGGCGUUUUAUUUCCAUUUGGCGUGGGCGAUUCUGAGAAAUCUUGUUCGGUAG